AUGGGUAGGGCUCCUUGCUGCGAUAAAGCAAAUGUAAAGAGAGGGCCAUGGUCGCCGGAUGAAGACGCCACCCUCAAAUCUUAUAUUCAUCAGAACGGCACCGGCGGCAACUGGAUUGCCUUGCCGCCCAAGAUUGGCUUAAAAAGAUGCGGAAAGAGUUGUCGGCUAAGAUGGUUAAACUAUUUACGACCAAACCUAAGACAUGGCGGCUUUACAGACCAAGAAGAUAACAUCAUAUGCAACCUCUAUUUGAGUAUUGGGAGUAGAUGGUCUAUAAUCGCGGCUCAAUUACCCGGAAGAACAGACAACGACAUAAAGAACUACUGGAACACGAGGCUGAAGAAGAAGUUGCUCGGUAAACAAAAGAGAGAACAUCAAGUGAGGAGAUCGGUGAUGAAGAAAGAAAUGAUUGAACAUCAAUCAAUUAUAAGCCCAAUCCUAAAUUGGCCUCAACUACCUCUUCUUUCUAACCAAGACUUUUCCAUAAAAAAUCAAGAACCAAUUAUAAGUUUCCAAAACCCUAAUGAUCAUAAAUAUGAAAUUUCACCGGCCCAAGAUCAUAUUGCUAUGUAUGAUACGAUGUCGACAGUUAAUAUCUAUCAAGAUCAGGAUCCUAUUGGGGAUAUUGGUACUAUGAUACAUGAUCCCCAUGUGGCUAAUUAUGACAACGUUGUCAAUGAACAAACUAUCAUGGUUCAAGACAUGUUUGAUGAGUUGUUGAACAACUACCCGAUUGAAGAAGUAGUCGAAGAUCAUGAUCAGCAAAUGAUUAUGACAAGCCAAACGGGACCUGGGUGGUCUGGUUCGAGCCAGUGGGAAGAAAUGGGACCUGAUCUUGUUUAUUAUCCUAAUUUGGCUAAUUCAACUCAUCAUUAUUCUUCAUGUCAAGAUAAUAAAGACUUGUUCUUCAAGGAUUACUAUCAGUCAGGAUCAUACUUCAAUGUGUGA